AUGUCAGCAAGGAUACGAUACGACCAUGAGGAUGUGGAGGACCAAGGUUUGUUCACCAAUAGGUCAACGAUGAUGGCUAAUUUCGAAGAAUGGAUCAAGAUGGCCACCGAUAAUAAGAUCAAUUCGCGUAACAGUUGGAAUUUUGCCCUUAUAGACUAUUUCCAUGACCUGAACGUUCUGAGAGAUUCAGAAAACAAUAUAAACUUUCAGAAAGCCUCUGCGACGUUGGACGGCUGCGUGAAGAUCUAUUCAUCGAGAGUCGAUUCGGUCACCACUGAAACCGGGAAACUACUCAGCGGGUUAGCACAGAAGAAGUUGUCUGAGAAACAAGAGAAGGCUAACGCCGCCAACGGAGAAGGCACAGAGGAUCAAGGAAGUGAUGAUCCCGAUGCUUCAGAGGGUGAUAUACAAAUAGAUCCUUCCACUGGACUGCCGAUAUCGAACAAUGUGGUGGCUCAGACCAGACGGUUGAACCACAAUCGGGUUUUAGAAACCACUUUGGUUGAUUUUGAAACCAUCAAGAUGAAGGAGCUUGACCAGGAGCUGAACAUUGACCCUCUCUUUAAGAAGGCGCUGGUCGACUUUGAUGAGGGAGGUGCUAAGAGUCUUCUUUUGAACACGUUGAAUAUAGACAAGGAUGCAAGAGUAGUAUUUGAUGCGGCAAUGAAGGACUCCAAAAAAAGCGAAGUAGAGGAAACUGAGGAGCGAGAUGGUGAAUCCGAAUCUGACAUCGAAGAUGCCAGUGAGUCUGCUGUUGGGAUGGACUCUAUUACAAAAGCUGCAAACACGUCUUUCAACAACGAUACCACAAGUAAUUCUAUAGUGAUUGAGGACGAAAUAUUGGCUUUAGGGAUGGAUUUCAUAAAGUUCACUGAUAUUAGCAAUUCAGUUAUCUCACAGUCGAUGCAGCAACUGCCCAAAGUUUUUGAUGAUAUGAAUAAAGCCAAAAAUUUCAUUGAUGGAAUAAAUAGCAAGUUCGACAAUUUUCUAAGUGAGAAAGAACUAGAAGAGGCUGUUCCAGAUUUGGGGUAUGAAGUGGACAAUAGUAAUGAUCAGAUGCUAGAAGAAGACCCAAUUGGGCCAAUUGAGAACUUGAGUGGUGAAGAGGGCAAUCAUGAGGAGGCAGACAAUGCUGAUGAAGACGAAGAUGCAUCUCUUGCAGACGAAAGUGAUGCGGAUUUUGGUGGGGUAUUUGAACAGGAACUUAUGGCAUAUUUUGAUGAAAACUUGACGAAGACUUGGAGAGGCAGAGAGCACUGGAAAGUGCGAAAUUUCAAAAAGAAAAACGUCCUCAACCGAAAUGAGGAUACAAGCACUGCGCCACCAGAUCAACCUAGUGGUGAGGCUGCAGUACCAGAGGAAUCUAAGAAGAAAAAGAAGGGACCACUAGAGAUUGAUUUCUUUGCUUUGGAUGAUAAAUUCGAGGAAGCUAUAUUUGCAAGCAAGAAGCGAGCGAACAUUGAUCUGCCACAGAAAUCCAGAACUAAUGAUUCACAUUACUUACUACCGGAUGAUUUUCAUUUUACCACACAAAAGAUCACUAGAUUAUUCAUAAAACCUGAGCAGACUAUGAGUCUAUUCCAACCCAGGCGUAGUAAGAGAGAGCAGGGUUCUGCCCCGGAGCUUGUACGAAAUGCAAGCUUCAUGGAUGGAGCCAACGGAGAUGAUGGCGGAGUUGCGAUGGCAGAUGAGCAUUUUUGGGCUGAAAACUAUUCAAGAAAAGAGCAUGAGCAGAAUGAGGAAGAAAAGGAGGAACCAGAGCAAAUAGUAGGCGGGAAUCUAGAGAAUCCAUUUGAGGAUGACGCCGGCGUGGAUUUCAAUCAGGCCUUUGACGACGAGGACUUCAAAGACGAUGGCCCGAGCUCAAUGCCUGCGGAGGAGCUAGGUAAAUUCCCGUUCACAGAUAACAAAGUGAGCUUUUCGCGAGUAUCAAAGAAAGUUGAUGUUAAGCGAUUGAAAGAUAACAUAUGGAGCUCCAUAAAAAUUCUGAAGGAUGAGCGCAGGACCAAAAGCAGCGAUGAGGACAUACGUGAAGAAAUUAAGUUGAAGUUCACUGAUAUCGCAGCAGAAAUAAGCCAGAGGUAUACGAAUGAGGCGAGAAAGGAUAUUUCCACUAGCUUCUGUUUCAUCUGCUUGCUGCAUCUCGCAAAUGAACAUGGAUUAGAAAUUACUAGCGCAGAAAAUUACGAAGACCUUAAUGUAGUGGUGAGUGCUGAUUGUAGUUAG